AGCUGCCGCGCAUGCGCCCGGCUGCGGGAGCCGGUGGGAUCUAUGGUGAGGCAGGUGGUGCGGCCUGGCUUUCCCCCACUGUGGGGCGGCGCGGUUUGGCCUCAUGGCAGCCGUGCUCCUCGUCACGCUCUACGAGUAUUCGCCGCUCUUCUACAUCACUGUGGUGUUCGUCUGCUUCCUCGUCACCAGCGGCCUGGUGCUGGGCUGGUUUGGGUUGGGUGUUCCUGUUAUUCUGAGAAACUCGGAAGAAACAGAAUCCAGCACAAGAGUAUUGAAAAAGCGCAUGAGACAAGUGAAGAAUCCUUUUGGGUUACAAAUCCCUCAUCCUGCUACAGCUUCAGUAACAAAGGGUAUAACACUGACACCUGAUUGUCUGGAAGACUGUAUUCUUACAUGCUACUGGGGCUGCAGUGUUCAAAAACUCCACGAAGCGUUGCAGAAACAUGUCUACUGCUUCAGAAUAAAGACUCCUCAGGCAUUAGAAGACGCUCUGUACAGCGAAUACCUCUAUCGACAGCAGUACUUCAUUAAAAAAAAUGACAAGGAGGAAAAAUAUUGUCAGUUACCAGAAGAUGCUCGAGUUGUCGAUUUUGGCCCAGUGCCUAGAUCUCGCUAUCCCUUGAUAGCAUUGUUGACAUUAGCUGAUGAAGAAGACAGAGAAAUAUAUGAUAUUAUUUCAAUGGUGGCUGUAAUUCACAUUCCUGAUGAGAGCUACAGACUUUCCUGCAGAAUAUUAUAUCAGUAUCUACUUCUAGCUCAAGGUCAAUACCAUGAUCUGAAGCAGCUCUUCAUGUCUGCAAAUAGCGCUGCACCAUCCUCAAGCGAUACAUCCUCUGGUGAGAGAAGCACUGACAGAAGCUUGCUAGAAAAGGCCGGACUGGCUGAAGAAGAACCAGAAUUGCAUGAAGAAAACAGUAAAGACUGUGUUGUUUGCCAGAACGGCACAGUGAACUGGGUACUCCUACCCUGCAGGCACGCGUGCUUGUGUGAUGGCUGCAUUAAGUAUUUUCAGCAGUGUCCAAUGUGUAGGCAGUUUGUUCAAGAAUCUUUUCCACUUUGCAGUAAAAAGGAGCAAGAAGAAGAUGAAUCGACCCAUAUCUUGCAAGAUGUUCUUCCUGGAAGAGUUUUUUAAUGGGGGGAAAAAAAUAGAAGUGGGUUGUAUGCACCAAGACUAAAUGUAGAAAACAGGCUGUUUAUGGGAGGAUAUGUAGCAUUAACUUGCAUAGUUUUGCUUUUUAUUGUUAGGUAAUUUUCAGCUUCCUUAUCUGUCUUCGCUCCAUAUGCUCACAGGAACACUACGUUUAUCCAUGCAAUGUGGACAGAAGAAGUGCGUAGGAUAUCUUUGAAGGAUGUGAUUUUAUUUAUAACUUCUUACUAGUUUUUCAUGGAGUACUAUUGGAGGCUAUUCUGAUCACUAAAUUUAGUAUAACUACUAAGAAAAGAAUAAAACUUGCAAGUGAAGUUGCACACAGCUCAUGCUAUAUUUAUUGUAUUUAAAAUACUAGAGCAAUAUAUUAUUUAAACUCAGUGUAAUUUAGAAACCUAGCACUUUACUGAAUGUAUCAAAUGAAGGAAAGUAAAUAUUCUUCAUUGUUAAACCCAUGUAUAUUUAUUUUGUAGAUGAAGGCUGGACUGUGGCAGGAGCUGAGAGUUGAAUGCAGGAUUCAGGACACUGUUUUGGGCUGUUUUGAAAGAUUUGUGUGUGUGCGUGCAUAUGUGCAUGUGUGAGGGACCUUAGCCAAAGCCGGCUGGAAUGAGUGGAAAGAUUUUUGUUGAUUAUUGUUGGCUUGAACUAAACGUUGCUGACACAGGCCUGAGCCUCUGCUAUGUCAUCUUGAGAUACAGACUUUCAGUCUUGUUCGCAGUGGCUGUAAGAACUUGUUCUCCAUGCAAAUCUUCAUUAAUUACUCCAUAGAGUGGUUACUUGGGCACUUUUGUGGUGCCAUUCUUAUACAAAUAGCCUGCUUUGAGGAAUUUCCAACUCUUUUUACUUGCAUUGUCAGCUUGGAUGCAAAGUUAACAUUAUACCUUUUAUCAAUAGUCCCAGGGAAUUUACUUUAAUUAAGAAAGAAGCUAAAGAAUAGCAGGGAAUUAUUUCUUUUUCCCUCCAAUGGUGUAUUGUCAAAAGCAAUAAAAAUGGCUAUUGAGAAGAGAAAGUGUUGUUUUGCUUCUUAAGAGAGCCAAAGUCUCCUAAAGACAGACAGGCCGAGUUUCACAUCUGCUCGUAUAAGACAAAAAUACCAACACUCAUUAGAACCUGUAGGAAAAUGAGGAGUAGCUGCUCUCAGUCCCGCCUCUUGUUCGCUUGCAGCUUUGCCCCACACCCAACUCCAGGACAGCUGCUCAGUCUCAGGGAGAGAAAGCCGUGCUCCAGGCUCUUCAGCCACACUGUCCAGCGGCUCCUUUAUCAGUGCUGCCAGUACAGGAUACUCACAAGGUGCUGCACACCUCCAGACCACAGGAAGGAAGUUUCCCCUCCUCAAAGCAAUUUCCAGAGAUGCUUGGUUGCUUUAUCAGAUGUAACCAGCUUCCUUGCUGGCCCAAAUCAAAGACCUGAGUUAUAAAAAGUACUGGCUUAUGACGUUUGCCCUUCUUCUAGAAGCCAUCUCAAAAUACAGAUGAUGUUUAUGGGUUUGGUGACAUCAAGGAACACACGCAGACUUCUGGCGACAAGAUUUGCUUCUUUUCAGCUGUGUUGAGAAUUCCCAUAAGGCGCUUUGAAAACUGGCUAAUGCCCUGACCCCUACUCCUCGUGGACUGAAAUGCUGCUGUGUUCCGCUACAGACCCUACAAAGUCCCACCACCGCCAUUAAGACUGGCAACUGACCAUCAGACUACUGACACUGCCAACAUGGCACCAUGCUGACCCCCAUCGAGGAAUAAGGGAAGGAGGAGUUCAGCAUCUCAUGUUUUGGUGGGCCUGAGCAGAUGAGAACUCAUGUACUUGUGUUGUUUAGCUUUAAGACAAGCUUCUGUGUGAAUCUGAUUAAAAUGAUUCAUUUACUUGCUAACAUCAAACUUAAUACUGUAAGCAUGGUAAAAGGAGUUGGGAAUCAGGGUCUGAGUUUCUCCUGCUAGUUUGUGUGUUGCUCAGUCCCCCCAUGCCCUGGUGAAACUCUGUGAGAUCUGCCAGGUGCAGGAGGUCUGGUGCUGACGUGUGGAGCAGGGAAGUCUCUGCAGGAACUGACCGCCAGUCACAAUUUGCUCAGUUGUCCUGAUACCCAGAAUAAACAAGGAAUGGCCUCUGUCACUGCCACGGACGUGCAGCCCCUGCAAAGGCUGUCCCUGGUGUCCUGUGUCUUUAUAGCUAAUGUAAUUAAUGCCAGGAAUAGCUGAAUUUUAUCUGAUACAGCAAAAGUCCUCCUCUGAACUAAGCCAUUAGAAAGGCUGAGCAGGAAUGUCAAAGAGAAAAAACAAGUUUACGGUUCUAUUUCUGGAUAACUUUAGUAUUACUACCAUUUUAAUGUUGCUUUGACAGCACACAGUGACCUCAAAAUGCAAAUGCAUACCUGAGAGCAGCUCACAACCAAGCAUUGGAGAGGUCCCGUGCUUUGCAGGGUGCUCCAAAACCAGCCAGACUCCACUCCCUGCCUUGCCACUGCUCUCUGAAGCAGUGCUGGCCGCCAUCCCCUGGGAUAUUUGCCCUGCUGGUGGCCACAGAGGGGCUCGGAAAGUCUCUACUGAACAGCACGGAGUCGCUCAGGCGGCUUUGCAUGUUGUUUCUGUAUUGUUUUACUCCCUUGUGUCCAUGAGUGACGUGAGCAGAGAGAUACAAGCUUGUAGCGCAGUGAUGGUUGUACCUGUAAAAUGGAGCUUCUACCAGUCUGGUUCCAUAAAUUUCUAGGAAUGUGCAACACCUACAUAAAGGCACCUUUGUCUGGAUGCUGUGCAUCUGAGCUGGGAGAGUUCCUGCUUUAAUUCUGUGUCCUGGGUUUUGGCUGGGAUAGAGUUAAUUUUCACAAGGAGCUGGGAGGGGACACAGCUAGGGCCACUGACCCAAACUGGCCAAAGCGAUAUUCCGUACCAUAACAUCAUGCUCCAUAUAUAAGGGGGGAGCUGACUGGGGAGGAGGAGUUGCUGCUUGGGGAUGGGCAUCCCUCAACACUGGGCAUCGGGUUUGGGCAGUGAGCACAUUGCAUUGUGUAUCAUUCACUUUGUAUAUUCUAAGUACUGUUGUCGUUAUUUUCCUCUCCCUUUGCUGUCCCACUAAACUGUCCUUAUCCCAACCCAUGAGAUUUACCUUUUUCCUCCAAUUCUCCUCCCCAUCCCACCAGUAGGGAGGAAUGAGCGAGCGGCCGCAUGGUGCUCAGCUGCCAGCUGGGUCUAAACCAUGACAUUAUGCCAUCUCAUAAUGGCAGUGACUUAAACCAGUAAAAAUACUAUGUGUAAACAUAGUCUUAAGACUAGAUGAAGUCUUCAGUGGAGUCUGAUGU